CACCGGCUCCGGUUUGGUUUGGUUGUACGGGGAUGCUGGAGUGAAUAACGAGAACGAGAAACAUCAGAUGAGCAUCAGCCAAUCCGAACGCUCGCUUUAAAGAGGCAUCGAACUAUCUAGCCAAUCAGAACGCAGUGUUCCUAGCGUUCGCAUCACCGGCAGCUGUUUGCGCUUCACGCGUUCUUGUGUUUCUCAGAUCAGACGCGGCGUCUUUCACUCCGCGGGUCACCGUGCGCUCAGUCCGCAGCAUCAGUUCCGAAGCUUGUGUCGGCAGAGCUCAUCAUGCCUGACAGGGACAUCAAAUCUCCAAUCUGGCACCCGGAGACAGUGGAGGACGUGUUUGAUCACACCUAUAAAGAGAAAGAAGGGCCCAAACCUCCCACCGUCAUAGUGUGGAGAAAUGUCCUUCUCAUGGCUUUCCUGCACACCGGAGCUCUGUAUGGACUCGUCCUGUUUCCAUCCGCCAGUGUCCUCACGUGGAUCUGGUUUUUGGCGUGUUUCGUGUUCAGUGCUCUAGGUGUCACCGCUGGUGCUCACAGGCUCUGGAGUCACAGAUCAUAUAAAGCAUCAUUACCUCUCCGGAUCUUUCUCGCCUUCGCAAACUCUAUGGCCUUCCAGAAUGAUAUCUACGAAUGGUCUCGUGAUCACCGCGUUCACCACAAAUACUCCGAGACGGACGCCGACCCUCACAAUGCUGUGCGAGGCUUUUUCUUCUCUCACAUCGGCUGGCUGCUGGUCCGCAAGCAUCCGGACGUCAUUGAGAAGGGACGCAAGCUGGAGCUCAGCGACCUGAAGGCUGAUAAAGUCGUCAUGUUCCAGAGGAGAUUCUACAAGUCGUCAGUGCUGCUGAUGUGCUUCUUCGUGCCGACGUUCGUGCCGUGGUACGUUUGGGGCGAGUCUCUGUGGGUGGCGUAAUUCGUCCCUGCCGUCCUCAGAUACGCGCUUGUGCUCAAUGCCACCUGGCUGGUCAACAGCGCCGCGCACAUGUGGGGAAACCGGCCCUACGACAGCAGCAUCAACCCCCGGGAGAACAGAUUCGUGGCCUUCAGCGCUAUAGGUGAAGGCUUUCAUAACUAUCACCACACCUUUCCCUUCGACUACGCCACCAGCGAGUUCGGCUGCAAACUCAACCUGACCACCUGCUUCAUUGACUUGAUGUGUUUCCUGGGUCUGGCCCGAGAGCCCAAGCGUGUGUCCAGAGAAGCUGCCCUCGCUCGAGCUCAGCGCACCGGAGACGGCAGCCACAGGACUGGCUAACGAGCGCCGUCCGUCCUAACGAACUGCACGCCGGAAAACUGAAGCACGUCUGCUCGUCCGGCGACGGGGAGUUUCGACGCUGCAUCCGCUCUACCUUCAUGUCAGAUGACAAGUGUUGUGUUUCCCAGUCUAGCCUGUGAAGCUUUACUACGGCGAUCUGACCUGUUUGUGUAGCACUUAUUCCGAUGUUCUUUCCGGCUUCCUCUUCUCGACAGCAGCUGUAGAUAUUCCUGAGUUCGGUCUGAGCUCGUGUAGCUGAUGUGCCAGUUCACUCAACGCAGCGCCCAAAAACCCUGUUGCCCUCCCGGCCCUUGUUUGUGCGCGCCUUACCAAAUCUAACCGUGCAGUUUGUUAGAAGUUAACUAAGAUGCACAUCUAUUUAAAAUUCAACAGAUGCACCUUACUGCAUCCGGACUAAAUAGAGAUCAGAUGCAGACGUAGUUUAAAAUGUAAUAUUGCCAAUCUAUUUCGUUGCCAUACUUGCACAAAUGGUUCAUUUGGAGAAUUGCGUGAAUAGUUCUGUAGCCUACUGAUGAUUCGUGAUGAUAUUUUUUGUGAAUUUUUGACCACGGCACAAAUACGACAGACACUGAGUUCCAUUUAAUGUCUAAUCUGUAAACACACUUACUUGAGAGUGACACUGACUUACAAUUAACAGUAAUUCGGAGGUCACUGACGACUACAGAGAAGGAAUCAGUCGCUGGAUUGAAUGUUUGAGGUUGUGUGAGAGUGACUGCGGCGUGUAUUGAUUCCUGAUUAUUAAGGUACUGUAGAAUGUAUAGUUUGGUUUUGUAUUGUAAUUAACUGUGCAACACCAUGCUUAUCUUUCGAGUCCCGCUUUAACGUUUUCAUCUUCUAAAUCGAUGCGUCUGUAGUGUGAGCAUGCUGUGUUAAUACAGAACUCUUUUCUAUGGCAGAAUAAUACAGACGGACGAGUAAUUCUAAUAACUCAUGUGUGUUAUGAUGGCAAAAGCCUUUGUGUUGCAUGCAAUCCGAAUUGGUGCAAACGGAGGUUUUUGCUCUGGUUCACCUGUAUGUUUAAUUAAACAUAAUGUAUUUUCAGAGAGUUUUCAGUGCUAUUUUUCCAUUUUUGGAUUUCAUUUCACAAGUUGCUUGUAAUUAAAUUGUUUGGUAACUUUAAAAGUAUUUGGAUUGCAGUUCUUUGAUGACUUUACACUGGGACAGAUCGCCUUAUUUCCACUCUGACACUCAACAUGCCAAAAAUGCGGCUGUGAUGUUUCUCAUGCCGCUUGGAAGAAGCCUUCGGCUCUUAAACGUAAAGUGAUGUUCCUGUUUGCGGUAACGACCUGAAAUAGUCAGUAGACACUUGUUUAGUAAUCAUUGACUGGAAAUAAAGUCUCGAGCAAAGAG